AUGAUCGAACUUAUCCAUAAAUAUAAAGGCGACAUAAAUUUUAUCGCUGAAUUCGAAUAUAUAUCAUUCUUUUUCGAUAUCCAAAACUUCCAAAAGGAUUACUUUUUAUCAGUUCUCAAGCUUUUCGCUGAAUUUUUCACUAAUGUACUACCGGAGAAAGAUAAAUUUAUGCAGAAUCGAGAUAACAUUAAAGAAGAUGUCCAAAUACCACAGCAGUGGAUCGAACAAUGGAAAUCCAUUGAACCAUUGCCAGAUUUUUACUUACCAUUGAAAAAUAUAUGGCUUCCUUUUGAAUGGACUUUAAUACCAAUACCAGCAAAAGUUUCAAAAUAUCCUGUAAAAUUAUACAGUGAUAGUAUAUCGGAAGUUUGGUAUCGUCCUGAUCCAAAAUUUCGUUUGCCAGUAUGCUACAUGAAUGUCCAUUUUGUUUCCUAUCUAGGAUUUGAGUCACCGGAAAAUGCAGCUCUUAUGACAUUGUACUGCGAAAUAUUAAAACUACUAGUGAUGGAAGAACUAUAUCCAGCUACAAUUGCUGGAUACUCUUAUGACAUUAAUGUCAAUACGAAAGGAAUUACAAUUGAAAUAUCCGGGUAUAUGCCGCGAUUAAUGUUGUCAUUUAUAGUUAAUCGUAUGAAGGCCUAUCCAAAACUUGUUACGGAGGAAUUGUUUAAAUUGGUUAAAGAUGAACAACUUGAUUUCUAUAAGGACAAAUUUUCUGAACCUGCGGAACUCGCUAAUGAUGUAUCAUUAUGGAUACUAACGUUAGUCCAUUAUACAUAUAUUGAUUUGCACAAUGCUCUAAAAAAUAUCAGUUUUAAGGAAUUCCAGGAUUUUGCAGCAACUUUUGUCAAUCGUCUGUGCAUUCAGUGUCUCGCGCAAGGCAAUAUUACGGAGGGUGCUGUAAUAAAGACUAUACAAUAUUGUGUUGAAACAUUUAAAUGUAAUCCUUUACAUUCCGAUUGGAUGGAAUCAUUUAGAGUCACUCAGAUACCCAUAGGCAAUAGUUAUUGCAAAUUAAAGAAUAUCGAUAAACUUAAUUCAAAUUCCGUUGUGAUAAAUACUUAUCAAAUUGAUGUCACGUCAAUUGAAUUAACAAUGUUAAUGACACUAAUUACGAAAAAUAAAUACUCAACUGAGAGUAUUAAUCACUGGAUCGAUGAAUCCCUGGAUUGGUUUCGAAAGACUUUAGAUACAACGUCAGAUAAUGCUUUAGAUAAUGUUAAAGAAAGAAUAAAAUUAGAAUUCCAGCAACAUGUUGAUAUGGAUCUUUCGGACGAAGUUAUUAGAAACUGGAAUGAGAUUAUGAUGUGUCGAUAUAUGUUUGACAGUCGAGAGAGGGAAACACUAGCACUAAACGAAAUAAAAAUGAACGAUCUGAGAGAAUGGUUUGCAAAGUACAUUCUGAACAAAAAUACUAUAAAAAAACUGAGUAUACAUGUUGUAGCAAAUGACCUCAAAGUGCAGCCCUUUGCUUUGGAAUACAUAAUUGAUGAUAAUAUUCAAUAUAGUCUCCUUAAAGACAUUCGUAUUUUGAAGGUAGAAGAGUACAAGGAAAAACUUAACGUUUUUCCGUCAGUUGAUACGAAUAAUCAACUCAGAGUGCAGAAUAAGUGGUACUCUACGCAACAAUAA